GUGAGAGGCCAGGGCAGAAAGACAUAUGACAGUAACAAGGAGUAGGUGUUGUGGGUGGAAACACUUUUGGGUGGGGUUACAGUGUCACACAUUUCCAAACAAGAAUGAUCGAAAGAGAGAAUCCUGUGUUUCGAAUCUGCACUGCCUGAGCGAGCAACACACCUGGGAUCCGGACAGCCUUUACGAGCAACAACAUGAGUGAAUCAGCAGAGGCUUUUGCUGCUAACCUCAAAAGCAGAAGAAAUGUCACCAUUGAGAUCACCAACCUCACCAGCAGCAUCUGCCUGGUAGACCCCAAGGUUUACCUGGAUAGUGGGAACUGCCAUAGCCCGCCCCAGCCCACCGUGCGCCCUCUCAAAACCGAGAUAUGCAACUUCAGCAAGACCAGUGCCAAAGCCACCGGCGCUGUGGGUGUCAUGACCUACGACCUGUUUAAGAGAAAUACCAACGCCCCUCAGGAGAAAUUAGCCAUAAUGUUCUCUGUGCCCUACGAUAAUUCCACGUACAAGAACUGGUUGGCCUUGGCAAUCUACCCUGUGGACAAAGAGUGCAAUGAGAAGCUUUACAAAGAGAUGUAUUAUGACAAAGAACCUAAGGGCUUUGUGAGGGCGGAGGCCCAUGGCUGUGAUCUCACGUUUGAGGGCAGGGAAGUGGACCUGAAGGCUACCAUGUCCCCCAUGGGCAGGGCCAUAUUGAAGUUGGAGGUGUGGGACAAGCUCUUCACUCCAUCGAUGAAUCAGCAGAAUCACUAAGCCAGUGAUCAAUUUUUACCAAAACAAAGUUUGAUGGGUGGUGUCUUUUAUUAAAUAUGAUUAGCCCUAACACCUGUGCUACUGUAAAAUAUAUUCAUGCAAUAAAUCCAGUGUGAAAAGAAA